UAGUAAACGUUACUCUUUCUGGUUAGUUCCUACCCACCUACCGGCGCGGGCACCAAGUCUUCAUCUUCAUCUGCAUCCGAUGAGCAUCGCCAAAACGGAAACGGACCAACGGUAAUGGGCUGGGUACACCGACAUUAAUGAGCUUCCUCCGAUCUAAUUAUCCUCUGUUCCUGAAACCCCUCGCCCUCGUCGCCAUCACCCUCGCCGCCACCUCCCUCUUCACCUCCUUCGUCCAGCGCCAAACCCCUCGUCCGCUCCUGGACCGCCCCAUGACCACCGUUGCCCGUAGCUUCGUACUCUGGCUCCACGGCCUGGGCGACUCCGGCCCCGCCAACGAGCCCAUCCGCACCUUCUUCACCUUCCCUGAGUUCAAGCACACCAAGUGGUCCUUCCCUUCCGCCCCCCACGCUCCCGUCUCUUGCAACUAUGGUGCUAUCAUGCCUUCAUGGUUUGAUAUUUAUGAAAUACCUGUGAGCGCUGAAUCCCCGAAAGAUGAAAAGGGACUUCUUGGAGCUGUCCAGAAUGUGCAUGCGAUGAUAGACAAGGAGGUAGCUGCUGGCAUCAGUCCUGAAAAUAUAUUCGUCUGUGGGUUUAGUCAAGGAGGUGCCUUGACCUUGGCAAGUGUGUUGCUCUACCCAAAAACUUUGGGAGGAGGCGCUGUCUUCAGUGGAUGGGUUCCUUUUAAUUCGUCAAUCAUAGAAUGCAUAUCACCCGAAGCUAGAAAGACGCCCAUUUUGUGGUCUCAUGGUAUGGCUGACAGAACAGUACUGUUUGGGGCUGGGCAAGCUGGACCUCCUUUUCUAGAGCGAGCUGGUAUGAGCUGUGAAUUUAAGGCUUAUCCUGAUCUUGGCCAUUCUAUAACAAAUGAAGAGCUGAAAUCCCUUGAGGCAUGGAUCAAGGCUCGUCUCGAAAGUUCUUCGUGAAAACCUGUCAUCUUCGGAUCUUCUAUUUCGAGGAUCAUCCCGUCCGCCAUAUUCUGAUUUUCUUACAACUUUGAUCUCCUUAUUGGCAUUUCAGUGAUGUUUUUGUUUAUGGAUGCCAGGAAAUCCUACUUGCACCGUCUUUCCUUUGUGACAUUUUUAUUAUGAGAUAAUGGUUUACAAAACUGAAAUAUCUUAGACGUGUCCAAGAUGGAUGGUACCUUCAGAAUGCUUAAUUCAAGAAUCUGCUUUCCGAGUUU